CAGGGAACGCGCGUGCGCGUGCGCGUGCGCGUGCAAGAACAGAGCGUGCUGGACGGAGAGGCAGCGCGCGGGUAAUCUCAACCCGACAAAAUGUUUGCCAAAGCAACUCGAAAUUUUCUUAAAGAAGUUGAUGCUGGAGGAGACCUGAUUUCAGUCUCACACUUGAACGACUCUGACAAGCUGCAACUUCUAAGUCUGGUGACCAAAAAGAAGAGAUACUGGUGCUGGCAGAGACCCAAGUACCAGAUUUUAUCUGCCACCCUGGAAGAUGUACUCACAGAAGGGCACUGUCUCAGUCCAGUGGUUGUGGAGUCAGACUUCGUGAAAUACGAGAGCAAGUGUGAGAACCAUAAAAGCGGGGCUAUUGGGACAGUCGUGGGGAAGGUCAAGCUGAACGUUGGUGGCAAAGGCGUGGUGGAGAGUCACUCUUCGUUUGGAACCCUGAGGAAGCAGGAGGUGGACGUGCAGCAGCUCAUCCAGGAUGCUGUCAGGAGAACAGUUAAUAUGGACAACCUGGUGCUCCAGCAGGUGCUAGAGAGCAGGAACGAGGUCCUGUGUGUGCUGACGCAGAAGAUCAUGACCACGCAGAAGUGCGUGAUUUCUGAGCAUGUGCAGUCGGAGGAGACGUGCGGAGGCAUGGUGGGGAUCCAGACCAAGACUAUACAGGUGUCAGCAACGGAGGAUGGGACUGUCACCACGGACACCAAUGUAGUGCUAGAGAUCCCUGCCGCCACCACCAUUGCCUAUGGCAUCAUGGAGCUGUUUGUGAAACAAGAUGGCCAGUUUGAAUUCUGCCUCCUCCAAGGGAAACAUGGUGGCUUCGAGCAUGAGAGGAAACUAGACUCUGUCUACUUGGACCCCCUGGCCUACAGAGAGUUUGCCUUUCUGGACAUGCUGGAUGGGGGUCAAGGGAUCUCUUCGCAGGACGGGCCACUACGCGUUGUAAAACAAGCAACCCUGCACCUAGAGAGGAGUUUCCAUCCCUUUGCGGUGUUACCUGCCCAGCAGCAGAGGGCGCUGUUCUGUGUCCUGCAGAAAAUCCUGUUUGAUGAAGAACUUCUUAGGGCCCUGGAGCAAGUGUGUGACGAUGUGGCUGGUGGCCUCUGGUCCUCACAGGCUGUAUUGGCAAUGGAGGAGCUGACCGACAGUCAGCAGCAAGACCUCACAGCCUUCCUGCAGCUGGUGGGAUACAGGAUACAAGGAGAGCAUCCUGGCCCACAGGAUGAGGUCAGCAACCAGCAGCUCUUUGCAACAGCCUACUUCCUGGUCAGCGCACUAGCAGAAAUGCCUGAUAAUGCCACAGUUUUCCUGGGGACUUGCUGCAAACUCCAUGUUAUUUCUUCGCUGUGUUGCUUGGGUGGUUGAAUUACAGCUGCUGGGUGUCUGCUUGCCGAAAGGACUGGACUGCGGCUGCUGGUUCAUCCCUGGUGUCUGCCUGCCUAGAGGACCGGUCUGCAGCUGCUGAGUUGUAUUUGGUGUUUGCUAUGGGGCUGAGCUGCUGCCAAAGAGGAUCAAGCUCACCCGGAAGAACUACUGCUGAACAGGUCCACUUCCCCCAAAUUCUAAUGACUGUUUUCUUCCACUACCUCUGCUGGGUGGUGGGCUUUAGGAGAGAUUGAAUCCUUAUUAAAAGUAGGUUGCAAAAAAUGUAUGCCUACAUUUAAGGCCUAUGGUGGCAUGUAACAGCAGUGGUUUGUAUUCCCACUGCUGGUAAAACAAAUAAUACUUUUCCUCUAGGCUAAUGCAUGUGUGUGUGCUCGCUCAUGUUUGAAAGCCAGCCUGCCUCCCAGGACUGUUCUGAAGGUGUUCUGCACAGAAAGACAGUAAGAGGAAAUACAGUAUCUGCUUCUUUGCAUCUAUGAGUUCUGUAUUUCUUGUCAGCUAACUAUGGAUGGGAAAAUUCAGGAAAAACAAAAAUCUAUUUGCACUGACUAUGAACAGAUUUUUAUCCCUUCUCAUUGUUCCUUAAGUUCCUAACAGCUAUUUAUAAACCACUUAGCAUUAUAUAUAGGCAUCAUAAAUAAUUCACAUGACUUAAAUCCACAGAAGGUUUUGCAUGGGUUAUAUGCAAAAUUCUAUGGAACUUGAAAUAUUCCUGGAUUUUAGUAUUUUGGGGAGUAGAGAGGGAUGUGAGUGUGGUUUCCUGGAACCAGUUAAGGAAUGAUCACAGAAGCUAUGGUAUAAAAUCUUGGGGCACAGUUCCAAGAAAAUAAUUAGAAAUUCUAAUGCCCUUGGCCAGAAAAAUUUGUAGUAUGGAAAUCUUCAAUGAUUCUUUUAAAAAAAAGGCAUUGAAGAGAUACUAUUUGGACAUUCAAGACAUGGAACUCCAGCAAGCAAGAUCUUUUAUGCAACACUUCUCUUUCCUUUUGGCACUCACUCCUUACAACAUUGCCCAUAGAAACUCAAGCAGCAGCAAAGGACACAAACCAAGUAAUAAAAUAAGCCAUACCCCACCUGUCCCAGUGCAGCCACUGAUCAAGAGGAGCUGCGAGGUAUGUGGAAACUGUGAACUAGAACUAAGGCCUCAGUUUUGACGGGAACUAGCCUAUUUUUUUUUUAAAUUCCUAAAAAUGAAUUUGUUUAACAAAAUGACAAAUUAUGAAAAUGAAAGUAACUAGAAAGUUAUUGACUCUUCUAGAUGCCUGAAAGCAAAGAAGCGAAAAGGAACACAGAGCACCAGUGGCUUGAUAAAAACCCAGUCUGUCCUCCCUGAGAUCAAUCAUUCAACAAAGCAGUUUUUACUAGCUGCCUGAAAUACCAUGGGUCAGAACACUGGGAAGUAAACCUUAUCUGUGUACUCAAAUGAGGUGAGAGUAGCCAGAUAUUCCUCCAAAGCUUUUAUCGUGCUCAGUUAAUGACAGAAGCUUAGAUCACUGGAUCAAAGCUUGCUGAAAACAGCUGCAGUGUUUCAAAGUAUCUCUGAACAGGUUGCUUAAGUGUACACUACAGAUUUGCAGGAGAAAAAAAAAAAACCUACCAAAUGCCAUAGCCAAUGACCAACAUUAGUAUCAAUAAUAGGACACAAAGACAAGAUGCAACUCUCCUGAUGCAUGUUUGAAGGGUAAGAAACUGAUUUAUAUAUUUACAAUAAUGCAGAGCUGUACUUAAAGAGGAAACAGACAGGCAAAUUCAAAGGAAGAGAAUGGCACAACAAAUUGGAAAAACUGAUCGAAUUAUAUGCUGUUUAUGAAAGAAUCUUACACUUAAAGAGACUGGUAUGUUGGGAGUAAAGGACGGGAAGACAUCCCUGUGAGCAGUGAGCCAGACACAGCUGCAAACUCACAUCAGAGCAGACCAACAGGGAGAGGAAAGGUAUUGUAGAAACAAUGAAGAAUAAUUACAACGACAAAAGGGUCAAUUGGUCAGAAGUAAGCUGCUUACUUACACCUAAGCACCUAACAGUAGACUCUCCAAAUACGUGAAACAAAA